AUGCGGCCCAAGGUCAUCGAAAUCGCUUGGCACGAAACCCAAGCGAUCUAUUCGUGCGACUUCCAACCACUACCUGCCUCGCAACUGAAGCGCCUGCUUCCUACGACUUCUGAGGAUGAGGACAAAGCGGACAAGACCCCGGUCAUUCGCCAGUACCGCUUGGCGACCUGCGGUGGUGACUUCAAGGUCCGCCUUUGGAUGGUCCAUCCGAACAUUCCCACUGUAGCUGCCCAAACGCAUGCUGCUUUGACCGGGCAGGAGGUGACCCCUCAUCCCCCACGAGUCGAGUACCUGGCGACCCUCUCAAAGCACACGGCAGCCGUCAACUGUGUGCGCUUCUCGCCGAACGGACAGAUUCUUGCCUCGGCUAGUGAUGACGGCAAUGUCAUUCUCUGGGUUCCGUCCGACAGGCCAACUGCGACGUUCGGCGAAACGGCUGAGGAUGUCCCGGACAAGGAGCACUGGCGACCGCAGAAGAUGCUGCAGUGGCAUGUCCUGGAUAUUGCUUGGUCUCCCGAUGGCGAGUUCAUCAUUGCCGGCUCCACCGACAACACUGCGACGAUUUGGAAGGCUUCGACAGGCGAGUGCGUGUUUGCUCUGCGUGAGCACUCGCACAUCGUGCAGGGCGUGGCCUGGGACCCUCUCAACGAGUUCAUUGCUACGCAAAGUAGCGAUCGUACCGUGCACGUCAAUUCGUUCUCCCUGCGCAACGGCGUCCCGGAGGUUCAUCCUGUUUCACGCACGAACCGCAUGGAAGUUCGUCACUCGCGAACGCCCUCGUUCCCCUCGCUGCCUCGGCCGUCCUUGGGACGUCGUGGGUCUAAUGCGUCUGAGGCUGGCUCAGUGAUGACCUCAGCGUCGGAGCUCACCGAGCACCCACACCAGCCGUCUAACAGCGGGCAAAAUGCGUCUGCGCCGCAACAACCAGCGACACCACUGAGCAUCUCUGUGCCCCCGACACCAAACGCAAGUGCCAGCAUGAACCCGCCUCCAAGCUCCGGAAAGGCGAGCUCACGCCGAUCUUCAUUCUCGUCUCAGCAGGCGGCGUCUCCGGCCCUUAGCGUGACGGCGCUCGGACGCGGGCGCUCCCCGUCACCGAUACCGCCCCUGCCCGCCAUGCGCCAGGUCGCUCCUCCAGCUUCGAUCACUCAGCGGCUGUAUGCGGAGGAGAACGUUACUCGCUUCUUCCGCCGUUUGACGUUCUCGCCUGAUGGCAGUCUGCUCCUUACCCCUGCCGGCCAAAUCGAGGACCAGAUCUUCAAGGGAUCGCCAAUGAUGGGCAGCCGCUCAUUAUCCACUGACGGUGUCGACGGCAAUCCUGCUGCGAACCGACCGAAGGCUGUCGACGCUGGGCGCCCAACAGUGUUCAUCUACUCUCGUGCUAACCUCGCGCGGAGUCCGAUUGCGCACCUUCCGGGACACAAGACUGCGGCUGUUGCUAUUCGCUUCUCGCCGAUUUUCUACGAUCUCAGGACUGCGUCGACGUCCUCGACGCCGGUCGAACCUAAACAGGUGACCCUUGAUCGCUCAAACCCGGGCCCGGUCCAUGUCUCGCUGCAGAUGCCCCCGCCACCGCCAAAGGAAGGCGCAAAGGACGCGAAGCCUCUGAACAGCGUCUUUGCCCUUCCAUAUCGCCUUCUGUACGCUGUGGCGUGCCAGGAUGCGGUGCUUCUGUACGACACGCAGCAGGCCGGCCCCGUCGCCAUCUUUAAGGGCUUGCACUACGCCGGCUUCACGGACAUUGCGUGGUCAUCCGACGGCCAGUCGAUGCUUCUGUCUAGCGCAGACGGCUACUGCUCGCUGGUCGUGUUUGAUCUGGGCGAGCUGGGUACUGUGCACCCGACGCAGCAGCACCACCGGCAGCUCGCGGCCAUCGCGCAGUCGCACGGCGGCGCGACACCUAGCACGCCGAUGCCCCACUCCCCGAACGUUUCGACGAUGCGCACAUCGCCCGCGCCGCCCCGUAGCGAGCGUGAGUCGUCGGUUGCCUCGAGCGCCCCGAUCCCGCCGCCCUUGUUCGGCACCGGCCACCGCCGUGCUUCCGGCUCCGUCUCGUCUGUCGACCAGCCGUUACCCACCCCGGCCGACGAGCCAACCGAGUUUGCGCUGCGCCGUGCGUCCGAGUCGUCGGCCGACGAAGUCUCUGCGAAGCGCGAGACGCCGAGCGAGACUGAGCAACCCAAGAAGAAGCGCCGCGUCGCCCUCACGCACCUGGGUACCGAGUAG